CACGAUGGCGAUGCAGUGAAGUGGCCGGGUCCUGGUUGCAGCGGGAGCGGCAGGUGACUCUUUUGUUAUUCACAUGACCUGGGUUGAUCUCGUCGAAAAGUCACUCCUUUCGCUUUGAAACUGUUUCUACUACGUUGUACCUGUCAAAAAGGAGUCAGGCCAUGGCAAGCAGCGAGAGUAAGUUAUCACCUCCGGUUGGAGAAGAAACCUUUCCUUCCGAUCACGAGCCCGCUACAAAGAAACCGAAGCUCGACGGAUCGAACAUUACGCGCAUCGAUCACACGUUACCUUCAAAAACUGAGGAAAAAGAAAAUUGCCGAGAAAAUCUGGACGAGGAAACGCACCGAGGACAGCAUGUAGGGGAAGACUCAGAAGUUGCUACGAAAACAAAUCAAAGUAGGCCAAUUGCGAGUGACACCCAACGACCAAGGGAAGAAGAGAGUGUCCAACUCCUGGAGUCAUCAUCUCAAGAAGGAGCUCUUGAAGAACAGAAAUCUAAAUGUCCAGCAGGAGUGGUUUUGCUGGCAGGAGAAUACAACUGGGACAUCUGUGGUCGACAGAAAAGUUCAAAGGAUUCCAAAAAAAAUUUGCUGAAGGAGCCAUUAUGGGUUUUUCAUAGAGUGAAAGAUCUGGAGGGUAUACGUGUUCAGAAAGUGGUAUCUCAUUGCACAGCUGCUCACAACAUCUUGAUCACUGAUCAAGGACAAGCCUUAGCAUGGGGUCGAAAUGACAAAGGACAACUGGGAGUAGGAGACACUGUGAAAAAGGACCAUCCACAACCCAUUUUGGAUCUAAAAAAUUUCACUGUUAUUGAUGCAGCAUGUGGAAAAAGUCAUACACUAGUGCUCACUGAAUCUGGUGAUGUCUUUGGCUUUGGAGAAAAUAAGCUUGGUCAAUUAGGCCUGGGCAAUGAAAAUCCAGUUGUUCAGACACCCACAAAAAUUCAGUUUGAUGAUGGGCCUGUGAAGAAAGUAGCAUGUGGGGGUCAGUUCAGCCUAAUGGUCAAUUCUAAAGGUGCUCUUUACUCAUUUGGGUGUCCUGAAUAUGGCCAGCUAGGAAACAACACAGAUGGGAAGUACUUUGUCUCAGCUAAUCGAAUGGCUUUUCAUUGUGAGCUGAGGCCAAUACAAGUGAAGAUCUUCAUUGACAAGAUGCAGAAUGGAAUCAUCAUUCCUGUAAAAGGAGUUCGAAUUGCUGACAUCGCAUGUGGGACCAGUCAUUCGGUGGCAGUGGACACUGAAAAGCGGGUAUUUACAUGGGGAUUUGGUGGCUAUGGUAGAUUGGGUCACAAUGAAACCAAAGAUGAACAUGUGCCACGUCUGGUCAAGGGCUUUGUGGGUCUUCACAAGGGUGUGAAAAAAGUAUUUGCUGGUAGCAUUUUUUCCCUUGCCAUCGGAGAGAGUGGUGGUCUGUUCCUUUGGGGCCAGACAAGGAGAGCUGGAGAGGCCAACAUGUAUCCUAAGCCAAUACAAGACCUCUAUGGUUGGAACAUUUUGGAUGUGGGCUGUGGAUACUCAAGCAUUGUCGUUGCAGCUGAUGAGUCUGUCAUCUCCUGGGGACCUACACCUGCUUAUGGAGAACUAGGCCAUGGUGAGCGACAAAAAUCAUCAUCUGUUCCCAAGGAAGUGGGCUAUAUGGAUGGACUUAAUGUCCAUUCCGUCACAUGUGGGAUCUGCCAUACCCUUCUCAUUGCCAGGGAUGAAACUGAGGAGGAUCACAAAAAACUUGAAGCCCUCCCUGUUUUCAAACCCUAAUGCCUCAGACUUUUUGAUCUGUUCUCAGGUGAUUUUUCUUUUUGAAGCUUUUUUUUCUUGGUUUUUGUCUUGUAUUUAAAUUUGAAUAUCCAGCAUUCAGGGGUACUGAAGUCAUGAGAGAUUGUGAUUUUUCAUUUGAUGGCUCCCUUGUUCCACCUUUGGAAUUGGCACUACUCCUGUGAAGAUCACAUGGUGGUGGGAUUGGCAUAUCCUAGCUGUCUAAUUUUGCUCUCAUGUCCUUAAGUAACAAAGUACAAAGUAGGGGAGGAGU